UAAGAAUUACACAACCCACCAAGAUUUCUCUCCUUCUCCGUCGUCUCAUCGAUACGUUUCUUCUCCGAUUAAACUCAAUCUCCUUUCUUUCGAUCUGGGUUCUUAAAAUCCUUUAGAAAGCUUGAAUAUAACUUCAUUUUUAGGGAUUUGAUUUCAAGGUUACAGCAAAACUGAUGGCUCAAGCUGUUGAAGAAUGGUACAAACAGAUGCCCAUCAUUACCCGUUCCUAUCUCACAGCUGCAGUUGUUACCACCAUCGGUUGCUCUCUCGAGAUCAUUACUCCUUAUAAUUUGUACUUGAACCCAAUACUUGUGGUGAAGAAUUACCAGUUAUGGCGUCUCGUCACUAAUUUCCUCUACUUUAGGAAAAUGGAUUUGGACUUUCUGUUUCACAUGUUCUUUCUGGCUAGAUACUGUAAACUUCUUGAAGAAAAUUCUUUCAGGGGGAGGACUGCAGAUUUCUUUUAUAUGUUUUUAUUUGGAGCUACAUCCUUAAUUGCGAUAGUUGUUAUAGGAGGAACUAUCCCUUAUUUUUCUGAGACAUUUGCUAAGAUCAUAUUCUUAAGCAACUCACUUACAUUCAUGAUGGUUUAUGUUUGGAGCAAGCAUAAUCCUUUUAUCCACAUGAGUUUCUUAGGCUUGUUUACCUUUACAGCAGCAUAUCUUCCAUGGGUUCUACUAAGCUUCUCUGUCCUUGUUGGAGCUAGUGCAUGGGUAGAUCUUUUGGGAAUGGUAGCUGGUCAUGCAUAUUAUUUUCUUGAAGAUGUAUAUCCUCGAAUGUCUGGUCGGAGACUCCUCAAGACUCCAGCUUUUAUUAAAUUACUUUUUGCAGACGAGCCUGUCGUGGUGGUAAGGCCGGGGAAUAAUAAUGUAAGAUUUGCUGCUCCCCCGGCUCAUCUUCUUGAAGAAGAAGUUCAUCAGAACUAGUAAUGAUUGAUUGUUUUACAUCUUUUCAUUUAGUUAAACAUUUGUGAAUGUGAGGCGAACUCGGUACAUAGUUUGAAAAUCUAAUGAUAUGUGUAGCAGAGUCGUUCUAUUUGUAAAAUCCCAAUCUUUAGCA